AUGAACAACGAUAAUGCGCGAUGUAAUUGUUCGAGAAGCAAUAUCCUAUUGGACGUGGAGGCCCAAGUUGAGAGUUUACGGACGGGGUUCAAGUUGAAGCUCAGCUUCUUAAAUGAAGCCGAUUCAAGAAAACUCAACGACGUGGUUCGUCAAUGUGUUGCUGACAUCAGAGAGCUUGCUUAUGAUGCCGAAGAUGUGAUCGAGACUUUCGCCCUCAAAGUUGCAUCCAAGAAGAAACGAGGCUUCAUCAAAAGAUCCGCUUGUUUCAUGAAGGAGGGAUGGGUGCGCCAUGAAACCAAGUCAGAGAUCGAGAGAAUCACGGCCAGGAUCAUUGAACUGACUCGACGAUUACAGACGUACGGCAUAAGAAGAUUAAGGGAUGGAGGAAGCUCAAGUUCUUCGACAGAGAGACGAGAAGCAAUGCGGCCGUAUCCUCAUAUCAUCGACCAAGUCGUUGGGUUGGAUGAUUUUUUCAAGAAUAUGGUGUCAAUCGUGGUCGAUGUGACAAAUGGUUCCAAGGUUGUCUCCAUAUGUGGCAUGGGUGGUCUAGGCAAGACCACUCUUGCAAUGAAAAUAUAUCGCCACUGCCAGGUUAUCCGUCAUUUCGAUAGCUUGGCUUGGGUUAAUGUUUCCCUGUUCCAGAAAAGAGAAAUUUGGGAAGACAUUUUAACCGGCCUUACCUCCAAUAAUGAGAGAGGUAGCAAACGUAGUGAUGAAGACUUAGCUGCUAAAUUGUUCAGCCAUUUGGAGAAAAACAAGUGUCUGGUGAUUCUGGAUGAUAUUUGGAGCAUCGAUGCUUGGGAUCUUCUAAAGCCUGGUUUUCCAACAACAAGGGAGAGCAGGAGCAAGUUCUUGCUCACCUCUCGAAACAAACAGAUUUUUUCACAUGCAGAUCCCAGCAGAGGCCUCCUGUAUGAAUUACAGUGCUUAAGUGAUGAAAAAAGCUGGGAAUUGUUCCGAAUAAUUGCAUUUCCGGAGAAAGAUUCUACAGAAAACAUAGUUGAUGUAGAAAUGGAAAAAUUAGGGAAGGAAAUGGUUCAUCGUUGUGCAGGGCUGCCGUUAGCCAUCAUUGUACUGGGAGGCAUUUUGGGUAAAAGGAAUUCAGUAUAUGAAUGGAAAAUGGUUUUUGAAAAUGUCAAAUUAUAUCUGCUGAGAGACGAAGACCUACACAUGGAGGAUGUGUUAACCCUGAGUUACUAUGAUUUACCAUCCUAUUUAAGUAUUUUUCCAGAUUAUGAGAUCGAUGCAGAAAGAUUGAUUCAGCUAUGGGUUGCAGAAGGCUUUGUUUCAUCAGAUGAGGUUGAAGGGAAAAUGAUGGAGGAUGUUGCAGAAGGUUGGUUAGUUGAGCUAGUGGAACGAUGCAUGGUUCAAGUUGGAAAAAGACACCCCAUUGGCAAGAUCAAAACAUGCCGCAUGCAUGAUCUGAUGAGGGAUCUGUGUUUGUCUAUGGCAAGGAAGGAUAAUUUUGCCUGCAUCACUGGCGAUCCCUCCUUUCCUCCUGCUCGCAGAAUUGCUGCACAUCAAUCCAUUGCCUAUCGGUGCAUUAAAAGUCCUCGUUUGAGAUCAAUGUUGUUCUUUUGUAAUCCGACUGACAAGGAAGGAAUUUGCCUGCAUCACUGGCGAUCCCUCCUUCCUCCUGCUCGCAGAAUUGCUGCACAUCAAUCCAUUGCCUCUCGGUGCAUUAAAAGUCCUCGUUUGAGAUCAAUGUUGUUCUUUUGUAAUCCGACUGACAAGGUUGAUUACGACUGCAAUUCACUGCUGCGUGUUUAUCUAUGCUGUAAAGAUGAAGGAUCUUGGACAUCCUUGUUGAACAAUUCUAAAUUGCUUAGAGUCCUGGAGUUUCAAUUGGAACAGUUAAGACAUCUCUAUCUCCCAGAUGAACGUCAGAUUAACAACACCACCAAGUUGAGGUUGGACACACUGAGAAACCUUCAAACACUCGUCAGCUUCAUGAAAUGGAAUUGUUUUGCUACAGAUCUUUCAAAUCUAACAAAUCUGAGAAAGUUGGCGAUGUGUGGGGGCUUCGAUAUUGAAGAUUUUAAGGAGUGUUCGGAUAAGAAUCUGCCUAUCAUCACAAGCAAACAUCUUCAAUUCUUAUCCAUGACUGGAGAGAAAAUACAUCUAAAACUAGUAGCUCACCUCCUUUCAAGCUGUGUUAAUCUGUGUGAGCUGGUUUUAAUCGGGUGGAUGGACAAGUUACCAGAGUAUCACCAUUUCCCUUCAAAUAUCACUGUCAUUCGCUUGGAAACCAGCCGCCUUAAGGAAGAUCCUAUGCCAACACUAGAGAAGCUGCGCAACUUAAGGAUUCUUGAAUUAAAACAUUUUGCUUUCUUGGGGAAGAAAAUGGUUUGCUCUGCCCAAUAUUUCCCUAAACUUGAGUCCCUAAAACUUUCUUGGCUUUUUGCCUUGGAGGAGUGGAAGGUGAAGACCCCUGUUGUGCCUUGGCAUAAACUCCUAUGGUUUCCUUUGCAUGUUCCAAAACACGCUAUUAUUGUUUGGAUUGCUAUUCUGGACAGACUUAGCACGCGUGAUAGACUUUUGAGAAUGAAUUCGGUGGUUGAUCCUAGUUGCCUGAAUUAA